ACCACCGGCCCACACCACCACACAUCUGAGCCUUCUUCACUCUCUCCAGUCUCCACCACUCAGCUAGAUCACCAAAGCAAAGUGCCAUGGCGAAGCAGGCGGUGGCGAUGCUCGUGUCCGUGGCGCUGCUGGUCGUGGUGGUGGUGGCGGUGACGAGCGCGGGCGGGGCGUCGGCGCAGCAGUGCAACGUGUCCCUGCUGGCGGUGUGCGCGCCGGCGGUCAUCAGCGGGUCGGCGCCCACGGCGCCGUGCUGCGCCAACCUGCGCGCGCAGCAGCCGUGCUUCUGCCAGUACGCGCGCAACCCGGCGUACAGCAGCUACAUCAGCAGCCCCAACGCCCGCCGCACGCUCACCUCCUGCGGCAUCGCCGUCCCGAGCUGCUAGGCGCCCCGGCCGGCCGGCGGCCGCGCGCGCGCUUUGCCUCUCGCUCUCGUCUCGUGGUGUAGUGUGGCGUCUGAAUAAAAUCAGUUGAUCAUCGUGGUGUGCGUGCCUUAUGAACCGACUGAAGAUGCGCUUAUGCAUGUCAAUCGGUCUAUUUAUUUAUAUAUAUAUAUAUAUAUAUCGUAUUUGUGCCUCAUCAUAUGGACAAUAUAUAAUAUCAGGUGUGAUGGUGUA